AAGUAGCGGGAGCUGUGCACCUCAAGUGCGCCACUGACCCAAUGUCCCACGGUGACAUUUGUCACUGAAUCUCAAAAUUCCAUACUCCGUAUAUAAUUUGAGAGAGGAGACUUAAACGCUGCUUUUUUUUUUGUGUCCUCCGGCCAAUAUUCUAGGUCUUCUUGACGGUUUCUGAAUUGCAGUUUUUCAAUAAGCAACCGCGGUGCAGCUUUCUUGACCAAGUCUCAGUUUCUUCCAUGGUCGUCUACUCAUCUUAGCAAGCUUCCAUUGAUCUCUCCGGCCUUUGUGGUACAAAUCCAUCUUUUUUAUUUUAGAGUUCGACAAAUCCAUCUUUUUCCGACACACCGUUCUACUACCGGACAUGGAAGCCGUCGAUAAUUCACGCCAUGAUCAAGAUCACCACGCCGCUGCAGCGUUCAGUGUCGAGCUGGAGGUGGAGCUUGUCGGAGAGGGCAACAAUGGCGCCGCCACCACCCGUACCGUCCCGGAGCAAGAAGAUCCCGAGCCAAGAACCGAAGGCCGGCGGCGACCUGCUGGUCGCGCGCGGCGCCUCGCCCGGAGGCUCCACCCGGCGACCGUCGCGCGCGCGUGCUGGCGCUGGUUGAAGCACCCGGCGCACCUCGCCCUGGUCGCGUGGGCGCUCUGCGUGGCGGCGUCCGGCACCAUGCUAGUGCUCCUCCUCCUGGGAUCUCUCAACAGCGCCAUCCCUCGGAGGUCAAUUCGCAACCGGUGGAUCGAGAUCAACAACCAAGUGCUCAACGCGCUGUUCACGCUCAUGAGCAUCUACCAGCACCCCGCGCUGUUCCACCACGCGGCCCACCUGCUCCGGUGGCGCCCCGCGGACGCCAAGGAGCUCAGGGAGGCCUACUGCCGGAAGAGCGCCGGCGCCGGCGCCAGACGCGGCGACCGGGUUCACAUGUCCGUUGUGGUCGCGCUCCUGCACGCCGCAUGCUUCUCGCAGUACGCCAUGUGCGGGCUCUACUGGGGGUACUCGCGCAGGGCACGUCCGGAUGACGCCCUGACCUCGCUCACCGUGGUCGGCACCGUGACGCCGGUGGUCGCCGGCCUGUACAUGUACUUCAGCCCUCUAGGGAGGAAACGCGGCGGACGGAGCGUGCGCCAAGACCCCGACGAACGCUCAGCAGCGUCCUCCGACGUUGAGGUGGCGGUCGGGGCGGAGUGGGCCGGCGGUCUGCUCGACGUCGGCGACGACCCGACGGUGUGCUGGUUCUCGUGCCUCUGCACGUUCUGCGUGUUCGGGUGGAACAUGGAGCGUCUGGGCUUUGGGAACGCGCACGUGCACACCGCCAUGUUCGCGCUGCUCUGCUUCGCUCCGCUGUGGGUGCUCAGCGCCGCCGCGCUCAACAUCCGGGACGACGACGUCGGCUUCGCGGUCGGCGUGACGGGGGUGGUCCUCUGCGCGCUUGGCCUGCUCUACGGCGGGUUCUGGCGCGCGCGGAUGCGGCGGAAGUACGGGCUCCCUUCCACCAACGCGUGCUGCGCCGCCUCGCCGUCGCUCGCGGACUACGGGCAGUGGAUGUUCUGCUGGAGCUGCGCGCUAGCGCAGGAGGUGCGCACCGCCGACAUCCUCCUCGACGUCGAGGCCGGAAGCGUUAACCGGCCAGACUCCGACGGCCGGCGAGUUGAUGCUGCUGAUGCGCAAGCUCUGCAGCCUUUGCCGAGGGAGAGUGGAGUCAAGUCGUUUCAUCAGGGAGGCUCUUCCAAUCUUGCAGAGCCGGCGACAAUUGACACCCACUCUGUUCAGCUGUCGAGUUACAGGACGAGUCGAGGCGACGAGUCGCCAUUGCUGCUGCACGAUCAGGGGAGUAGGGCUUCUUCGGGAGAAAUGACGCCUCCUGUGCCACCAUCGAUACCAGAAGGAGAACGUCGAUGAGUUAAGUAAUUACAGAAUAGUGGCAAUACAUCGAGCUGCGCUCCAGGAAUGCCAAUAUGUGUGUACAGAUUGAAGAGUCCGCGUCCCUCUUUUUUUUUUCCGCCAUCACUUUUCCUGUCGACUUAUUUUAUUUCUGUCGGAAUUCAGAUGUUUGCUCUAAUCCUAUGGUUUUAGUCUUUGAGGCCUUGUUUAGUUCACCUAAAAAUCAAAAUGUUUUCAAGAUUUCCCGUCA